AUGCAGGCCUUCCUGGUGAGACUUGUGGGCCUCCUGGGCCUGUCUUCAGGGUUACUGGUAACCGCUCAACUGGGAAGAGACCUCUCAGCCAGGGUGAAUCAGACUUUCCUGACUCCCUACCACAUGAGGAACCGCCAUGUGGGUCUGAAAGUUGAGGGCUCAAACUUCACACUAGAUGGCUUUCCUUUCCUGAUCAUCUCGGGUACCAUCCACUAUUUCCGAGUGCCCAGGGACUACUGGAGGGACCGCCUCUUGAAGCUGAAGGCAUGUGGCUUCAACACUGUCACCACACAUGUUCCCUGGAACCUUCAUGAGCCAAAAAGAAGCCAAUUUUAUUUUAUUGGAAACCUGGAUUUGAAGGCUUUUCUAUUCGUGGCUUCGGAGGUGGGGCUGUGGGUCAUUCUGUGUCCAGGCCCCUACAUCGGUAGUGACCUAGACCUUGGAGGCUUGCCCAGCUGGUUACUCCAGGAUCCAAAAAUGAAGCUGAGAACAACUUACAAGGGCUUCACUAAAGCCGUGAAUCGCUAUUUUGACAUGCUGGUUCCCAGGAUAGCACCACUCCAGUACAAAAACGGAGGCCCCAUCAUUGCUGUGCAGGUCGAGAAUGAAUAUGGUUCAUAUCAUCUGGAUAAAAGAUACAUGUUGUAUAUUAAAAAGGCCCUGGUGAAAAGGGGAGUGGAUGUGCUGCUCAUGACUGCUGAUGAUGGAGAAGGACUGAUAAGAGGCCACUUGGAAAAGGUGAUUGCCACUGUCCACAUGAAGAAUAUAAAGAAAGAAACUUAUGAAAAGCUCUCUUCAAUUCAAGGUCGUAGCCCCAUAUUGAUGAUGGUAUAUACAGCAAACUCUUUGGAUGGAUGGGGCACUCUCCGCCAUACUCUGGAUGAAAAUGUGUUAAUGAAAGACGUGCGUGAAAUGUUCAACUUGAGGUUCUCCCUCAACUUCUAUAUGUUCCAUGGUGGCACCAACUUUGGCUUCAUGGGUGGAGCUGCAUCUUUACAGAAUUAUCUCCCUACGGUCACCAGCUAUGAUUAUGGGGCACUGCUGACAGAGGACGGAGACUAUACACCUGAGUAUAUUUCAUUUCAAGAGUUGUUUAGCUCUGUUAUAGAGAUUCCCAAGCUCUCCAGAGAAGAUGCUAGACCUAAGGCUGUAUAUAAGUCAGUGACAACAGCAUACUACAUGUCACUGUGGGACAUCCUGACCUACCUGGACGAGCCCGUCAGGUCUGCCAAGCCAAUCUGCAUGGAGAAGCUGUCUGUGAACCAAGGGAGUGGUCAGUCCUAUGGGUACAUACUUUAUGAGACUGUCAUCACCACUGGAGGCCUCCUCGCCUCAAGGGGUCAUGUUCAAGAUCGGGGUCAGGUGUUUUUGGAAGAGAAGUAUAUAGGAAUCCUGGAUCAUUCCACUAAUCAGCUGACUAUUCCCAAGGAAAAAGGCCAGAAGGAUUACCUGACAUUGAGGAUCCUGGUGGAGAAUCAAGGCCGACUCGCCUAUGGGCAGGAUAUCAAUAAGGAGAGAAAAGGUUUAACUGGGGAUAUCUAUCUGAACAAUUCUCCAUUAAGAAACUUUAAAAUCUACAGCCUGGAGAUGAACCCUAAAUUCCUAAAAAGGGGCCUUCCUAAAAUCUGGAAACCAGUGAUUCACAAACUUCAGGGCCCUGCCUUCUUCCUCGGCAUCCUGAGAGUUGGUAAUUACCCCAAAGACACCUUCAUAAAACUUGAGGACUGGACAAAAGGAGUAAUAUUCAUCAAUGGACAAAACCUGGGACGCUACUGGAAUAUAGGUCCCCAGGAGACCUUUUACCUUCCAGGACCCUGGCUUCAACCUGGGUCAAAUGAGAUCAUCGUGUUUGAGGAAUUUAAAUCUGGCACAAAGAUCCAGUUCACAAACAUGUCUCAUCUAGGUACAGUAUUCUGGAGGGUAAUUUGCAGCAUCUGGGACAAUAGUGUGGUUCUUUCUAGUUGUGAUAGAGAGAAAGAAGGCGGAACGUGCACCAUCUCCCAGGAACCUGAACCCUUCCUCACUGCCCUUGCAUGAGAGCCAGAUUUCCUCUUCUACUUGUCACAGCUCCACUCAUCCCCUCAUCCCCUCCCAUUUUACGAUGACCUAAAUAGUCCACUCCUGUAACAGCCCUAACCCAACUCCCUCAGCCUCCCUUCCUUCCAUACAUUCCACUGUGCCUCUGGAUCCCUAUCUCAUUGCAAACCAAGGUCCUAACAUCCUCCAAUUCUUAGCUUUUCUGGAACUUAUCAUGUUUCCUAAUGCUUUUUCUCGUGAUGCCAUGUUUGACAAUUCCAAGGCACUUUUUGUAGCACCCUUUCUCAGGUUGCCAUGGGCAGGGGAUUCAUGGCGCAGUCACAACAGGUGGAAGUGUUGCAGACUCUCUGUGCCUGCCCGUGGUGGAUGUCUGGUGUCUGUGUGCUCAGACUCCCUUGCUCCUUUGUUGGUAGCGGGAUCCAGAUAUCCUUUUGGAGAAUCACCCACGCUCCCUUCAUUAGAGUCUCUAGGGACUCAAAAUCCAUCUGCCCUUCCUCCCCACCUGCAACUGUCCCUCAGUCCCAGGAGUGGGCCUGUGAUGUACGAUAUACCACCCAGACUUUCUUUUCCAGGAUAUUGAAUCCAGAGUGCCGUGACAUAAAGUAGGGAAUUGAUUGAGCUGAGUCAUUUCAACAAUGGGGCCGUGAGUAACCUUCCAGUCCUGGCACCCUAGGUCGCUGGAACUACCCUCGCUUCCCCAUUUCUCCCAAGCCCCGCUCGGGGUCUACCAUCCACUUCCCAAUCCAUCAGUACGUUCCUCUUUUGGCAUAAGUUAGUAAAAUAAACCUACUUAAUGUGUACCCUUUGUCAUAUUGCUACAAUAAAAGCUGUUUGACCACCAAAUAAAAUGUUGAAAAAAAUGAGAAGAUGCUCAGAGUACUU